AUGAAAGUUAGCAUCAGUGGACGCAUCGAGGGAGUGGCCAAGACGAGAUACCUCGAAAAAAGGAAGGUCGUGCAGAAGCCUGCACUUACUGUUUUACAUGUGAAGACUUUGGAGAGGAUUGUGCUGGGGAAGGCUGCUGAAACCUACAGUGGUUUUGAUAGACACUGUGCUGGGUUCUUCUGCUUCACCGUGUAUGCCCGAGCGCGUUUCUCCGAUUCGCAGGCCUCUGCCAAUAUCAUGCUUGAUGUCACUGAGGGCGAUGACGGCCCGUGUGGUUUUCUUGAAGCUUCCAUUACCCGGUCUAAGACUUCGUACUCGUUGGAGAGAAAGACCAGGUACCUGCCGAUCGUGGCGCCGGUCAAUGGACUGCUUGAUGAGCCGUGGGGAAUCGCAUGGCACAAGUUGAUGGCUGAACUUGGUGUGGUGCUUCGCGAGGGACAGCCUCUCUUGUCGUCGCCUGUGACGGGCGGUGGCUUUAGCUUCUUGCCGAUUUCAGCCGAGCACGCUGCUAGGAUCUUGAGAGAUUUGUUGAGGCGAGAGCUCGGCGACAGCGCCGAUAUCAGGAAGCUGGGCACCCACAGUCUCAAGAGGACUUUGCUGAGUUGGCUUGCGAAGUACGGGGCAGAGCAGGGCUUGAGGGCAGUCCUGGGCUACCACAGUUCGCAUUGCGGAACAGAGCUGGUCUAUGCGAGGGACAACCUGAGUAAGCCUUUGAGAGUGCUCGGCGAAAUGACCAAUGCUGUCGCUGUGGACAAGUUUCGGCCUGACAGUACUCGUUCAGGCUAUUUUCCGCGGGGCCGCCCUGCAAUAGACGACGGCGAGCCGCUCGACCAGGAUGAGCUCGAGAGCUCGUCGAGUGGCAGUGAGGACGAGGAGGCCCCUGACCAUGACGAGGUCGAGAAGGCCUGUGAUGACAUCGCUCAUUGGGAACCUCGACCUGGCCUUCGUGAGUCGAUAGGACGGGGCAUGAGUUUCACAGAAUCCGGCGAUGUGCGAGUGCAGCUGAGCGAUGCUAUGCUACGGCGCCUGCCCAUUCACGUGAGCUUGUGUGACUCUUGA